AUGAUUGGACGAAAUUAUGCCAAGUUCUUCCAGGGAUUUAUCUUUGCAUUUGUAUGUCUUUUUCUGAUAAACUUUCUCUGUGCACUUCGCUUUGAUUUGACCAAAAGCUUGGUCACAUUCUCUGUCCUGCGAAUUUCCCAUCCGGGCAAAGGUUUGCUCCCAGCUAGAAAGCCGUCUGACCAAGAGAGUCACAAGGACAGACUAUAUGUCCCACUAGGUUGUCAAUAUCUAAAAACAAAUCUUACUGAGGCAACCGGUGAAUUUCGUGUGCUUGACUCCAAACAGGAAGUAGGCAUUUACAGUGUUUUUCUGGAUAGACGAAAAAGUGACAACGUCACCGAGAAACGUUCAAUCACCGGACAUAGGAAUGGCGUACUGCGAAUCAUACUGGCGAAAAAACGACUUUCGCUGCCAAAACUGUACUGUCACUUCUUCGGAACUGACGGUGAAGUUCACAGCGUCAUUUCGCGCAAUUUGGUAGGCCGUGAGUUUGCCUUCUAUGAACUGACAGAAAACCAUCUUCGACCGUACGGCGGUUACAGCGUGCACUGCGAUGCUCCUGACCUGGAUAUCCCAGUACCAAGCGAGUCCGGAUAUUGUGGCAUUGCUGUGUCCACCUCUGCCUCGUAUGUGCCCGAAAGCUCUGCGAUGUUUGCGCCAACGGUGAUUGGUGCAGCCUCUAGAGCUCUGCCCACGGAGGAGAAAUCAACGUUAAAGUUGGGUCACAAGUUCGGCAUUUGUGUGCCCGCCCUACACAGUAUGGAUAGCCUAAAUCCCUGGCGACUGGAUGAAUGGAUUCAAAUACACGUGAGACUGGGCGCCACGAAAUUUCGCAUCUACUACAGCAAAGCUAUUUUAGAGCCCUUGCUUACUGUUCUUACUGCACCGCGCUUGUGGAAGGGCCUACCCAUAGAUGUUGAACUGAUUCCUCUAAUGUGGCCGAAUCAUCCGGAGAUAGCCAGUAAGCUCUCCUGGUACUACUUCCAGAUCAUCACCGUUAACGACUGUCUCUAUCGCAGUAUGCAGGAUGUAGAGUUUGUCUUCUUUGGUGAUCUUGACGAGAUUCUGGUGCCCGUAAGCCCCUCGGCCAAAAACUGGAGUACUCUGACAGAUUACCUCUGGAAUGCGUCCUCUCUGAUCCUCCCCAGCCCAGGAUACUGUUUUAACUCGGCCAUCUUCCCUACCAGUGCACCGGCCCGGAACUUUGAACGGCCCUUCCAUAGACGCUAUACGCGGCGUGUUGAGAAGUUGGACACUGUGCGCAGGAAAUGUCUGGUGCGACCUUUGUGGAUUUUUGAGAUGGGCAUCCACCACAUCAGUAAACCCUACGAAGAGUCUACGCUGGCGGCCCUCAAUAUGAGACCUGGUCAUUCCGAAAUCGCAAUUGUGCACCACUAUCGGUUUGAAGCGAUUGACCGUAGGGAACAUUGCAUUGAGGACAAAUCGCUUGAGAGAUUUCUUCCAUAA